CAUUUCUCCUCUCGUAUUAUUAUUAUUAUUAUUAUUUAAUUUUAGUUUCCUUGUCCUCUCUCUUCGCACCCGCUGGCCGGCGAAGAGAUCAAUAGGGGGAGGAGGGAGGCAAACGCUUCGUCCGUGCGUUUCGAUCCGACUUUAUUUGUACUGGUCUACGAGCAUUUGCUCGAAGGUGAGGCUACGGUAGCAAGAAAAGAGAGGGGCCCGAUAGCGGCGUGGCGGCGGCGGAGAGAUGUCAACGGAAGAAGAGAAGUUGCUGAAGGAGGCGAAGAAACUUCCAUGGGAGGAUCGACUCCUGCAUAAGAACUGGAAAGUGCGAAACGAAGCCAACAUCGAUCUGACUGCCGUUUGUGACUCCAUCACCGAUCCGAAGGAUCCGCGUCUCAGAGAGUUCGGUCCUUUCUUCAGAAAGACGGUGGCCGACUCCAAUGCGCCAGUGCAGGAGAAGGCGCUCGAUGCCCUAAGUGCAUUUUUACGAGCGGCCGACGCUGAUGCAGGAAGGUACGCGAAGGAAGUUUGUGAUUCCAUUAUUUCAAAAUGCCUCACCGGUAGGCCAAAGACAGUUGAGAAAGCUCAGGCAGCCUUUCUCUUGUGGGUUGAGUUGGAGGCAACUGAAGUGUUUUUGGAAGCAAUGGAGAAGGCAAUAAAAAAUAAAGUUGCAAAAGCUGUUGUUCCUGCUAUUGAUGUGAUGUUUCAGGCUCUUAGUGAAUUUGGGGCAAAGGUGGUUCCUCCCAAGAAGAUCCUAAAAAUGCUUCCUGAACUUUUUGAUCACCAAGAUCAGAAUGUCCGCGCUUCUUCUAAAGGACUUACCCUUGAACUAUGUCGGUGGAUUGGAAAGGAACCUGUAAAGUCUAUUCUAUUUGAAAAAAUGCGAGAUACUAUGAAAAAAGAGUUAGAGGCAGAGCUUGGUAAUGUAUCUGGAGUUGCUCGUCCUACUCGGAAAAUAAGAUCUGAACAAGACAAGGAACCUGAGCCAGAAGUUGUUGCUGAAACAGUGGCUGCUGGUGCUCAUGAAGAAUCUGUAACAAAUGUUCCUCAGGAAAUCGAUGAAUAUGAGCUCGUUGAUCCUGUUGAUAUUUUGAUUCCUUUGGAUAAGUCUGGAUUUUGGGAUGGAGUGAAAGCUGCUAAAUGGUCUGAAAGAAGGGAUGCUGUUUGCGAACUUACUAAGCUUGCUUCAACUAAAAGAAUUGCUCCUGGUGACUUUUCUGAAGUCUGUCGAACACUUAAAAAGCUUGUUACAGAUGUGAAUCUGGCUGUUUCAGUUGAGGCAAUUCAAGCAAUAGGAAAUCUAGCCAAAGGUCUGAGAAAUCAUUUUGCUGCGAGCUCAAGGUUUCUCUUGCCUAUCCUACUCGAAAAGUUAAAGGAGAAAAAACCAACUCUAACUGAUGCGUUGACUCAAACUCUUCAAGCGAUUCACAAGUCUGGAUGCUUAACUUUGGCUGAUGUUAUUGAAGAUGUAAAAAUGGCUGUGAAAAAUAAGGUUCCACUUGUCCGCUCAUUAACACUAAAUUGGGUCACAUUUUGCAUCGAGACAAACAAUAAAGCUACUAUCCUUAAAUUGCACAAGGAUUAUGUGCCUGUAUUUUUGGAGAGCCUUAACGAUGGAACACCUGAAGUGAGAGAUGCGGCUUUUGCUGCAUUGGCUGCUAUUGCUCAGAUGGUUGGCUUGAGACCAUUAGAAAGAUCAUUGGAGAAACUUGAUGAGGUUAGGAAAAAGAAGUUAUCUGAUCUGAUUGGAAGCUCUGGUAGUGGUGAGGGCCUAAUAUCAGGACCAGUUCCUCCCUCUAAUUCAAGUACCAACUUAUCUGGUCCUAGGGGCACUAAUAGCUCAUGUGGAAGGCGGUCUGCCGCUAGCAUGCUUAGUGGGAAGAAACCUGCCCAAGCAUUGCCCUCUAUUAAGAAAAGUGUUGCUGCAAAGCCGUGUGUGAAAAAGGCAGAUGGUGUGGGACAAUCGAAGACUUUUGUUGAGAUUGAAGAUGUUGAGCCCAGCGAAAUGAGUUUAGAGGAAAUUGAAGGAAGAUUGGGAUCAUGCGUAAAGAUGGAAACUAUCUCUCAACUAAAGAGUAGUGUUUGGAAGGAACGUUUAGAAGCUAUUGGCUUUUUUAAAGAGGAAAUCGAGAAUCUUCAAAAUCUAGAUCAAUAUGCCGAGAUUUUGAUUCGGUUUUUAUGUGUUGUACCUGGCUGGAAUGAGAAAAACGUGCAGGUCCAACAACAAGUCAUUGAUGUAAUUACUUACAUAGCUUCCACUGUGAAAAAAUUUCCAAAGCGAUGUGUGGUGCUGUGCCUUUUGGGCAUAAGUGAAAGGGCCGCUGAUAUUAAAACACGAAAUCAAGCAAUGAAAUGCCUUACAGUUUUUUCUGAGGCAGUUGGUCCGGGAUUUGUUUUUGAUAGACUCUACAAAAUAAUGAAAGAGCACAAGAAUCCCAAGGUUUCCAGUGAAGGCAUUUCAUGGAUGGUAUCUGCAGUUGAAGACUUUGGAAUUGCACAUAUAAAGUUAAAGGAUUUAAUUGAUUUUUGCAAAGAGUUCGGGCUGCAAUCUAGCACUGCACCAAUCAGGAAUGCGACUGUCAAACUUAUUGGAAUCUUACAUAAAUUUGUAGGCCCAGACAUUAAAGGUUUUCUGAGUGAUGUCAAGCCUGCUCUUUUGAGUGCUUUGGAUGCUGAGUGUGAAAAGAACUCAUAUGAGGGUGUUGCAGCAGCUCCCAAGAAAUUGGUAAAAGUUUUGGAUUCUGAACUGCCUAUUGCAUCUGGAUCAGAUGGACUUCCUCGUGAAGAUAUUAGUGCAAAGAUAACACCUAAUUUGUUAAAGGAUCUGGGAAAUUCUGACUGGAAAGUCCGUUUGGAAUCCAUUGAGUCUGUUAAUAAAAUUCUGGAUGAAGCACAUAAGCGUAUCCAACCUGCUGGAACUGUGGAGUUGUUUGGUGCUCUUAAGAGCCGCCUAUAUGAUAGUAACAAAAACUUGAUUAUGUCAACUUUGGCUACUAUUGGUAGUCUUGCAUCAGCAAUGGGCCUUCCUGUUGAGAAAUCUAGUAAGGGGAUCCUAUCGGAUGUAUUGAAGUGUUUGGGUGAUAACAAGAAGCACAUGAGAGAAUGCACAUUAAAUGCUUUAGAUUCAUGGGUCUUUGCAGUUCACCUUGAUAAAAUGAUUCCAUAUAUUACAGUCACUCUAGCUGAUGCAAAACUUGGUGCUGAGGGACGGAAGGAUCUUUUUGAUUGGUUAACAAGACAUUUGUCAGAGGCAAAUGAUUUACCUGAUGCUUCACAACUUUUUAAGCCAAUUGCUACUGCUAUGAUGGAUAAAUCAGUCGAUGUUCGCAAGGCUGCUGAGUCUUGUAUUGUUGAAGUUCUUAGAGUCUGUGGACAAGAGGCAACUACCAAAUGUAUGAAGGAUCUGAAGGGACCUGCUUUAACAGUUGUACUUGAGCGUUUAAAGCCAUCUGAAGUGAUUGAAGAAUUUUCAGAUUCUGCUAGAGUUAUUGCUGGUGGUCCUGCUUCCAAGUCUACCAUGAAGAAUGGAAAGCUAGUAUCAAAUGUUGCCAAUGACCGUAGACCUGGCAGCAAGAUGACAUCAGUGAGAAAUGUUCCAAUAAGGGGUUCCAAACUUGACCCUUUUGCUAGUGUUCAAGAUCUUGCCGUCCAGUCACAGCCUUCAUUUAACAUUAGAGACUCCAAUAAGGAAGAUAGGGAGAAGCAUGUUCCUAGGAGAUUUAAGUUUGAGGAGCCACGUCCUGAACAAAUUCAGGAGCUGGAGUAUGAUAUCACAAAGCAUUUCAGAGAAGAUCUCCAUAGGAGACUUUUAAGCACAGACUUCAAAAAGCAAGUAGAUGGACUCGAGUUGUUGCAAAAGGUUCUGCCGUCACAUAGGACAGAUAUAUUUGAACUACUUGACAUACUUUUGAGAUGGUUCGUUCUACGAUUUUGUGAGUCAAAUACGACAUGCUUGUUGAAGGUGCUUGAAUUCCUUCCUGAGCUUUUUGAUGUUCUAAAGGAUGAGAAUUAUAGUCUGACUGAGGCAGAAGCUGCAAUAUUUCUUCCAUGCCUUGUUGAGAAGUUUGGUCAUAACAUCGAAAAGGUCCGGGAGAAAAUGCGUGAAUUGAUGAAGAAAAUUGUUAUUGUUUAUUCAGCAUCAAAGUUUUUUCCUUAUAUUGUGGAAGGUCUGCGAUCAAAGAAUAAUCGGACUCGGGUUGAAUGCGUUGAUUUCAUCGAAUGCCUACUUGAUCAUUAUGGAACUGAGAUUAGUGGACAGUUGAAAUCUUUGCAACUUGUUGCUGGUUUAACAUCUGAGCGUGAUGGUGAAAUUAGGAAAGCUGCUCUUAAUACAUUGGCUACUGCUUACAAACAUCUUGGUGAAGAUGUAUGGAGAUAUGUUGGGAAGCUUUCUGAUGCCCAAAGGAGUAUGCUAGAUGAUAGAUUUAAAUGGAAGGCCAGAGAAAUGGAUAAGAGAAAGGAAGGAAAGCCUGGUGAGGCUAGAAUUGCUCUAAGGCGUUCAGUUCGAGAAAAUGGGCUAGAUGUAGCAGAACAGUGUGGAGAAGUUUAUUCACGUUUUGUUUCUGUUCCAAUGGCAACAAGGGACAAUGUUGGUUAUGCUGAACCUGAUGAAAGGCACAUUUUAGCUCGACAGUUUGCUACUGCGAAUGGACCUACCGACUGGCAUGAAGCUCUUGAUAUCAUUGCAUUGGGUCUACCUGAACAGUCAGUCGAAGGCAUGAAAGUUAUAUGCCAUGAGUUGACACAGGCCACAGUUGACUCCAAUAACAGUGCAAUGGAAGAGCUAGCUAAAGAUGCUGAUAGAUUGGUUUCGUGCCUAGCGAAAAUGGUUCCCAGUACCUUUAAUUUCAGUCUUUCUGGAGCUUCUUCAAGAUCCUGUAAAUAUGUUCUUAAUACACUAAUGCAGACCUUCCAGAUCAAAAAACUUGCUCAUGCUGUGAAAGAGAGUACAUUAGAUAAUCUCAUAACUGAACUUCUUCUUUGGCUUUUGGAUGAAAGAGUUCCUUUGAUGGAUGAUGGUAGUCAAUUAUUGAAAGCACUUAAUGUUUUGAUGCUCAAGAUUCUGGAUAAUGCAGAAAGAACAUCUUCGUUUGUGGUGUUAAUUAGCUUGUUGAGACCUUUGGACCCAUCAAGGUGGCCAUCCCCUGCAUCAUCUGAGGCUCUCAUCAUCAGAAACCAGAAGUUCUCAGAUCUAGUUGUUAAAUGUUUAAUUAAAUUGACAAAGGUAUUACAGAGCACAAUUUAUGAAGUUGAUCUCGACCGUGUUCUUCAAAGCAUUCAUGUGUAUUUGCAAGGACUAGGGAUGGAAGAGAUUCGAAGAAGGGCUGGAGCAGAUGAUAAACCACUUAGGAUGGUUAAAACUGUUUUGCAUGAAUUAGUGAAACUCCGAGGUACAGCUAUAAAGGGUCACCUCUCUAUGGUACCUAUAGACACCGAACCUCAACCAAUCAUCCUUGCUUAUAUUGACCUAAAUCUUCAGACCCUUGCGGCUGCUAGAAUGUUAACUCCAUCUGGUCCCAUGGGACAAACACAUUGGGGUGACACUGCUUCUAAUAGUCCAGCUCCUGCAACACAUUCAGCAGAUGCUCAAUUGAAGCAAGAACUUGCUGCAGUAUUUAAGAAAAUUGGUGAUAAGCAAACCUGUACAAUCGGACUAUAUGAACUCUACCGGAUUACCCAACUCUAUCCUAAGGUGGAUAUAUUUGCUCAGCUCCAAAAUGCGAGUGAAGCAUUUAGAACAUAUAUUAGAGAUGGACUUGCUCAGAUGGAGAAGAAUGCAGCAGCUGGAAGGACACCUGCCAGCCUUCCCAUGGCUACUCCACCACCCGUAGCAACUAUUUCAUCUCCAAAGCUUGGGCCUCUUUCUCCUGUUAACGCAAAGUCAGCUAAUGCAAAAAUUGAAAGCAUAAAUCCAAGUGCAUACACAGAUGAUGGUGUUGUUGGAGCAACUACUUUGAGAAGUCAGACUGAUCUUUCAGAGUUUAAGUCUCAUUUAGGAGAUGACCGAAUGGAUCGAUAUCCAGCUGCCCCUACAGUAACAAUGGGGACUCUUGAUGCCAUCAGAGAACGGAUGAAAAGCAUACAGGCUGCUGCUGCCGCUGGCAAUUUGGAUGGUUCAGCUCGACCAUUUGGACAUGUCAACGGUAAUGUCCUUCAUGGAAUGGAUCGUGGCGAAGGGGAAGCCCCAACACAGAGCAAUAUUCUCCCAAUGGAUGAGAAGGCAUUAUCCGGCUUGCAAGCAAGGAUGGAGAGACUAAAAAGUGGAUACCUUGAGCCACUGUAGUCAUUAUUGCAGGUCAUAUAGAUCCUUGUAAAUGAGGCGGCGAGAGUUACUCUGCUAAGUGUUUAGGAAUUGGGAUCAUGAGAUGAGAAUGGUGAGAUGGGGGUCCUUGUGUAUUGAGGCUUAGUGCAUCCACCCGUGUUAUCUUUUUAUGGAGAAGCAGAUCAGAAGAUCAUCGAAGCAAACCAACCGAGGUGAUUUCUAGUGUUUUUCAUUGGUCUAAUGUAAAAGAUAAUUCAUUUGACAUGUCCAUAUUUUUUUUAAAAACCAUCUUGUUUCCAACACCCUCUGGGAAAUAUUGAUGUAUAAAAUGCUCUUUAUUUCGUUAGAACAAUCAUAAUCCCUUGCCUUAUUUUUAUUGAA